AUGCUGAGACACACCUUUGUUAGGAGCUCCCGUCUGGGCCCGACGCGGCCGCCGGGUGUGAGGGUGCCUGGCGGGCUGAGUAGAAGCGUACCGCACACGAUUGGCUGCGCGAAGCGUGACGACUGCGCUGUUCGACGUGUCAAUGUACCUUUCUCGCCGCCCCCCAUCGCUGCAUCUUGCAUUUCGGCGGCGGCGACGGCGGAGAGUGCAUUGCGCGCAUGGCUGCAGUGCCGUGGCACGGUGUCUGUAGCGCGCACGUGUGCCGUCGCAUGUCAGCGCCGCACCAUUACCUUCUCCUACUGCGACCGAGUUCCCUGUAUCCGCUUCGACAUGAGCACCGAGCGGCUGGCCCGCGCCACUGCGCAGCCGACCCUGCCAGCCAACGCAAACAUCUUCAUGAUUGAUGUUCGCAAGGGCCAACGCAAGUCAAAGCGGGUGAACCCCAAGUCCACCAUGGCCUCCAUCAUAACUGCCCACCGCGCCGAGGCGCAGAAGGCGAAGGAGGAGCUCGACAAGGACGACGCCUACACCCCGCCGUUAAUUUUUCUUUUCAGGACGGACGACACAAAGAAGCAAGCGGCGCGGCGGCAGGAGCAGAUGGACGUCCAGCUCGACGCGCUCGGCGCCUUCGGUGAAUUCCGAGCGUGUGUGCUCGAUGGCAUCAAAUCCCGCCACUGGACGCGCUACAUCGACUCGCCAACUACGCCAGACAGACCCACUCCUGCCAAGGCUGAGAGCGCCUCCUCGAGAGAUGCACCGCAUACCGCGUCUGUGGCCGCGGCGGUCGCAGCAGCUGUUGACCCCGCGGUCGUGCCCCCCAGUGGUGCUGGUGAUGCGCUGGCGAGCCUUUUUCCAAAUUCGGGGGGCUUUGCGGGAAGCGAAGGCAAAAGCCGCACUGGUACAGCGGAAGCACCGGUUGCCGCCGUGUCUCCGCGUGCGUCGGCAGCCGGAGCAGCGGAAGGCGCCGCAGGUGCGGCCAAAGAGGCCGACGACGUGGAGGGCGAGGAUGAAGAAGUGUGGGAAGAGGUCGAGGUCGACGAGGGUGAGGAGGCCGUCGAAGGGGACGACGGCGGUGGCGGCGGUACAAACAGUGCUGCUGACGACAACGGCGCCGGCGCCUCCCAGUCCUGGGAAACAGCCACUUGCGUAGAUCACACGGCGGCGCUCUCCAUGCCGGCAAAAGAGGCCCGUCCAACGACGCCGGCGGAUGCGAAGAUCAUUACGGCACCAUCGACAGCGAAGAGGAGCGUUAAUACAGUUUGGGCCCAUGUGAAGAGCCAAACCCCCUCUGGCGGCAGCACGGCCAGCGCUGCAGCCCUGGUGGCUGCUGCAGAGGCCUCGUCGCGAAAGCACGAGAACACGGCCGAAGAGGAUGCAGUGGAUGUGGCAGAUUUGGACGGCGACGACGUUACCGCCGAUGCAGCAUCGCCGGCGGUGCCAAGUCUGGCUGACCCCAUGGACAACGCAGAUGGUGUCAGCAUCACUGACGCACCACGAAGGAGCGGACCUGAGAGCGACAGCGAUGGUCGGCUAUUCCUCGCCACAGCUCAUGCACCUCCACUAGCGGAACCGGCUCCACUGACGCGCUCAACGGACGCAGAGGCACUGCUCUCUCUGGAAGAGCUGGAAGAGUUCGACAUUGACGGUCCUAUGAGUGAAACCAUUACUGCAGGCGCACCUGCAGAAGCGGCCGUGUCAGCGUUGGCCGAUGCCACGCCCGAGGCUUUGAGCACCGCAACAACGAAAGACGCAGAGUCCUCGGCAGCAGAGCAUUUCGCGGCUAUAAGCGUGUCGGGUGAUGACGACAUCACUGCACCUGAGGAAGCAGCGGGAGAAGCGUCAGCGAGUAACCAUAUCAGCGGGCCGGCGGCACUAGACACCGCUGCCGAAUCCCUCACGGAGGUGCUGCAGGAAGAUGCAGCGGCAUGCGUUGCGGCCGGAGCAGCAGACGAUGGGCCGACGUUGACCGCAUCCGAAGGCGGCAGUGCACACACGGAAGUGGAGGUGAAGGACGCAGAAGAAGAGGCAGUAUCGACCACGGCUGCCGAAGACAGCUCGAACGCAGCGGCUUUCAGCGCGGCUGCACCCGCGCCUCCCGUGUCACCGCCGAAGCCGUCUAUUUCCAUGCCGGUGUACCCAGAAGUAGUAUCACGGCUGUAUUACGGGGCGACAACGGUGCACCUCUCCGACCGCGCCUUCAUUGAGCUGCCUGCCACCGCGAACGUGCUCGUGAUCGACCAUCUCGAUUGGGACGAUGCUCACCUGGCGGCGAUCGAGGCAGCGCUGGAGCAGGUUGACCCAGUUGCCGGGCACGUGUUGCUCUACCCGGAUGCUUACGCGCCGCAGAGCGAGCACGUGAUGGGGGACAUAAACACUUACCGCCGCUCUCUCCUGCCCUUCAUCUUCGUCUUCCGCACCCAGCUCUCCACCGAGGUCGCGAUGGCCGUGCAGCGCCGCCUCGCCAACGCCCUGCAUGCGCGCCCCACGCUGGACAGCGCCGCGCAGCAAUCGUUGGUGGCGGGGCAAAACGAUCGCACGUCUGUGUGUGUGCUGAGCGCCGCGGAGAGCGAGAAAGGCGGCGAGAACCCGAUGCUGGCACCGCAGCCGCGCAAGGCAACUCCGGCAUCACCCCGGCGCGCAGUUGAUGCCCCGGUCCGCGAGAGCAGCACCGCCGCGACGGCCGCAGCGUCGCCCUUGCAUCGCACACCUCCAGCGGCGACGGAAGGACAGCAGAGGGGUGGUAAUGCUGGCGGCGCGACAGACAAUGCCGUGCAACUACUGUGGGACCUUCUCAACAGCGUUUCCUUCGAUGCCUCCUCCUCGAAAAAGUCGGCGGCGUCGGUAGCAGCGCCGAGCGCGCAAGUGGAGGUUCAGCGAAGCCACCAUGGCGACUGCAACGGAAAUGGCGGAGCGGCGGCGGAACGGCGGCAGCGAAUCCCCGCGCCAGGCGCCUCCUCUGCCCGGGGGAGCGCGGAUAAAGCAGAGCCAGUUAACAGCUGCCCUGCAGGAACCACAACUAACAUAACGACUAGCACCAGUGACACUCGAGAGACCAGCCAUGGGCACAUUACCGCGAACACUGUUGUGGACGACGCUACACUCUCACAGCCAUCUCGACUUGCAUACGCGCCAAGUCUUCUGAACUCGGAAGUCGCCGCCCCGUUCCUCAGCGCGAGCGCGAGAGCUGAUGCAGCCGGCGGCGCAGACGCUGCACGCCAGAAGUUUCCUGCGACAACGCUGCUAGCCGAGUCGGCCGACGUACACGGAAGCACCGCCAUGAUCAAGGGUGGCCUCUUCAACUUUGGUGCCAUCACGUUCGGCAGAGACAGCGGGUACUACACCACAGCGGUGCCGCGGCUUCGACGAGCCUCCGGUUCACGAUGGGGCAUGAACGAUGAUGACGACGACGUCGACGGGGAGCACAACGCGACAGACGCGGCAGACGGCGCAGCGACAAGCUCAACUCUCGGCAGUGUGAGUGAUUUGGGCCUGUACCCCGUAAGUGAGAGCGUGGCUGCCACUCGUGCGGAAGCAGCGCGCAUCAGCAGGCAAAACGGCGGCGGCAGUCCGUUUACGGAUGAGGAGAUCGCCAAGAUCGAGGAGGAGAUCAUCCUCGCGCAGCUUAGGAAGAAGGAGAGGAAGGAGCGGCGCAGCGAGGCGCGCAGGGCGAUGCGGGCGAAGGCCAAGGAAGCCAAGUCACAGUUUGCCUGCAAGACCGCAUCAUCGUCGUCACCUGUGUCGUCCGCGCCCUCCACCCCCAAGGGCUCGCGCCUGUGGAAACAACGGCUUCCGGGCAGUCGAAACGGGUCCGACUCGUCCAAGGAGACCGCCACAGCACGGGAGCAGGAACUUGCCGAGGACAGUCUUCUGGAGGACUUCAUCAGUAGCUUGCUUGUCAAGAACAACCGCAGCAAAGGUCCCAAGACGAACAAGGUGAAGGUGUCCGUUUCGUCUGCGCCAUCUCGAGGGGUCUUGCGCUCCGCCCGCCGCACGCUAGCAACGCCGACGCCAUCGACCCGAAGAGGGGUCAAGCAGUAA